AUGCAAGAUAAUUUCAUUCUAGAUUUUAGAUUUCAUGGAUUUCAUGUAUCUCUAACGGGUUAAAUGACUGAAUCUGCAUUUCUCUAACAGAGAAGAUUAAAAUAUGAAGUUUGGCGUCAUCAUCAUUAUUUUUAUUAAUAUUUCUCAGCACUACAGCAUCUGUGACACUUUCAGUGGUUUAAUAAAUAACAGAAAUCAGCAAUUAUGUGAUGAAGGAGAUAAAAAAGUGAGAAAUAUCAAAUCCAAAAAUGAAAAUUUUGACCAAAAUUUUAAUUCAACAUUUUCUGAUAUAUUUGAAAAAGAAUCACUGAGCAUGUUCCAUCAUUACCAUCUUACAAUAAGCAAACAGACAGAGUCCACGAGAGAAAAAAGAGCCUAUUGGGGGUUUGACAAGGUAUGGAGAGGAGUAAAGUCUGUGAAGACUGGAAUGGAAACUAUAAAGGAGAGGAUGGAUGUAGUUAAAACUGGGAUAGAAUGGAUUGGAGAGAAGAUGGGAGGACUUGUUAUUUCAGAAUCAGAUUCAGAGGAUUCCUACGUUGGAAGUACAGAUGAUUCCCAUGGAUCGAAUAGUGGUUACCACGGAAAGAAGAAAAAGAAAAAAAGGAAAAAGGUUAUAGAAAUUUGUAGCAGCAGCAACUCUGGAAUUUUUGCAUUUUUUGCAGUUCUUGUUCAGUCGGCGAAUAUCAUGAUAACUUUUAUGUUCACUCUCAUGGUGGAUAUUAUGAUUACAGCCAACCUUACUGGAACUGGAACCGGGACAAGUGUAAAUGUCAACAAUAAUAACAACAACAACAAUAAUAACGAAAAUAACAACAACAACAACAAUAACAACAAUAAUGACAACAAUAACAACAACGGAAGAAGAAAAAAAUCAAUAAGAGAAGAGAUUAAAGAGUUCAACAAUUUCCAAUAUAAAGAUUUGUCCAGUCAUUGUAACAAAAAAAUAAAUUCAUUUGCAGAAUCUUUGAUCUUAAAAUCUUUUGAUAAAAUUAGAAAUGAUGUUAUUUUGUUUAAUUUUCAGGACUCGUGCUUUUAGUUUUGUUUAAAUA